CUCUGCUGCCUGACAGCUGCUGCUCACGUGACGCCUCCCUGACAGCCGGUCACAUGAUCUCACCGUCACGUGCUUUGUGACAGCGGCUCUCUACUUCCGGGAACGCUCCUGCCCCCGGCUCCCACAGGUACCGGCCCCUCCUCCGUGUCCCGGCGUCCAGCUCCUCAUACACCCCUACCCCCUGAUUUCCAGCGACAGUCCUUUUUUUAGGUCAUUCUUGGUAAUCUCCAACCAGACGUUGUGCCCUGUGGUAGUGCUUCCAUGAGCCGCAAUGCUGGGCAGAAGACCUGGCAAAAAGCAUGCCCAAGCCAAGGGCAGGGGAGCAGCCGCGGCAAAAGAGCUUGGGCUGUUUGUGGAUUUCAAUCCCGAGGACAUAAUGAUGGGAAUCCCAGAUGACCCAGAUGAUGGAGACCUAGAGGCAGAACUGGCCGCACUGACAGGGGACAAUGUCAUUCCCAAGAGCAAGCCCAAAGGAAAAGCUCCACUACCUAUGGAUCAUAUAGAGAAGAUGGCACAAGACUGCAUGAGAGACCUUGACACAGAGGAAGAGGAUGACGAGGGUGACCUGGAGGAAGAUGAUGAUUUGCUAGCUGAGCUACAGGAGGUGGUGGGUAAGGAUGAAGAGUCAGAUCCUACUGACAUUCAAGAUGAUGGCACCGCAACUCAGGGUGUGGAAAACGCAGAACAUCAGAUUGCCUCCACAGCCGACACUCGCAAAAGCUCGUUGCAGACGAGCAGUGAAGGACUCCUACAAACCCUACAAGAUCGAAUCAUCAACUACAAGAGUGCACUUACCAAUGCGCAGCAAAGGAACGAAAGCUCCAAAGUCCGGCGCUAUGAGAGAGCUCUGAAGACUCUGGAGUCCAUGGUAAGAGCGGCAGAGCAGGGUAAGUGUGUGAAUGAGGAAGAGAUGCCUCCACCAGUGGCUAAUUGGAAACCCUCAGAAGAGAACCAGCCUGAACCUAUAGAGUCUGCUGUAAACCGAGGAUCGAGUACAGAAGUGUCCGUCGCUACUGGCGAGGAACAAGCCGCCCCCCAAGGUGAUUCAGCCACCAAGUCUCUGUUGAUGAUGCGACAGCGGGAAUACAAGAUGGCGGCGCUGAGAGCUAAGCAAUGUGGAGAUGUGGAGAAAGCGAAGGAGUACAUGAAGAUCAGUAAGAAGUUCAGCUCGGUUCUAGAAGCUAUGGAAAAUGGCCAGCCUGUGGAUCUUAGUCAGAUACCUCCUGAGCUGAAAGAUCCAGAUGGAAAGACUGCAGAGCUCGUAGCAGCAGAGCCCCAACAGCGUGUCCCUGCAAGCAAUCCAGGAGUCGCGGCUCUGUCGCAGGCGCUGCAGCAGAGAAUGGAGCGGUACAGAUCUGCGGCAGAACAAGCCAAAGCCAAUGGGGAUGAGAGGAAAGCACGGAUGCACGAGCGGAUUGUGAAGCAAUACCAGGAUGCCAUACGAACACAGAAUGCUGGUAGACAACAGAAUCUGUCAGACCUCCCAGUUCCUCCAGGGUUUCCUCCAUUGCCUGGUAUGGAGUGCACAGAAGGUGUAGAAAGCGUGGAGAAAGCACUGGAGUUUGCUCACAAUCUGGCAAAUGCUGCUGAGGAUGAGGGAGCAGAAGAUGAAGAAGAUAAGGAUGACCAGCCAGCAAAGAAACCUGUCCACCAAAAACCCACCCAAAUUGAAAAGCUACAGGUGUUGCCAAAUUUGCCACAAGAUGAGAAAGUUGUGGAUACUUCCAAGUCCACUGAGCCCCUUCCUCCUGCAGUACGAGAGCUGCUGGAGUUCUUGGAGACCCGGAGAAGACAGUACAGAAAAUCAGCUCUUCAAGCCAAGCAGAAGAAUGACGUGGAACUAGCUAAGCAGCACAUGAGAGUGGUCCAUACUCUCCAGGCCUCCAUCGAUAAAGUGAAAAGCGGUACUCUGGUGGACAUCACCAAGAUACCACCUGCUCCAGCGGAUGAGGAGAAUGACUUUGUUCUGAUUGAACCUGAGGAGAACAGGUCACCACAGAACUCUGAUGAGGUUUAUGCUCAGUUGAUAAAACUGCUCCAAGAGCAAUAUGAGAAAUGUCUACUAUAUUCCAAGCAGUUCAUACAAAUGGGAAACGUUGCAGAAACAACUAGAUUUGAGAAAAUGGCAGAAGACUGCAAGAAAAACUGUGAGAUCCUCCAUUUAUCACAAGCUCAUUGCAUGGAUCCUCCUCUGUACCACUUUGAGGACAAGACAUUGAAAGUUGUCAGAGUUUUCUCGGAGCUGAGUAGCACAGAGAUGCUGCUAAUUAUAGUACGAGGCAUUAACCUUCCAGCCCCAUCAGGAAUGGCACCUAAUGAUCUGCAUGCAUUUGUGAAGUUUGAAUUCCCGUAUCCCAGCACGGAACAGCCUCAGAAAAAUAAAACCUUUGUUGUUAAGAGCACGAACUCUCCAGAAUACGAGCAGUCCUUUACAUUGAACAUUAACCGGAAUCACAGAGGCUUCAAAAGAGUGGUUCAGGCCAAAGGAAUCAAGUUUGAAAUCUUCCAUAAGGGUGUGUUCCUGCUGAGGAGUGAUAAGCAGAUCGGCACAGCGUGUGUUAAACUGGAUAAGUUGGAGACGCAGUGUGAAAUCCGGGAGAUUGUAGAGGUAUUUGAUGGAAGAAAACCAACUGGGGGGAAACUGGAGGUGAAAAUUAGGCUAAGAGAGCCCCUUAAUGGCCAAGAUCUCCAGACAGUGACAGAGAAGUGGCUGGUGAUGGACUCGACUACCAGAAAGUGAGCGAUGAAGUUGCCGCCAGUGUUCUGCAGGUCAGAAGAGUUACAUACCAAAGGAUCAACGUGUGCCGGGAGAAGAGAGAAUCUCACAUUAAUGUGCGUAGCUGUGGCCACAGGCUGCGCUGACUGCGAUACCUUAUAGAAACGCUGGCUUUUCAUGUGCUGAAUGUAAAUGAUCAUCCGAAUGUACCACAACCAAUCUCACCGCAAUGGCUGCUGCUGGGUUUGAGGUUGUGGCUCGAUCUGGGAAAGGGUUUACACAAAGAAACCCAGAACAUCUUGAAUGUGGAUUGGCUUCUGGUGCUGACAUAAGUACAGUCUGCACUGCAACAGCGCAAUGCGCAUUUAUAGCGAACGCUUGAUCAUUUAGAGGCUGAAAAUGCUCUACAGCUGCCUGGAUGAGGUUUGUGCAGUAGGAGCCUGUAACGUAUGAAUUGGUGACCAAGGUCCACAAUCCCUGCGUCACACCUCCCUCUGUAGAGGCAGCUGAGUGUCUUGUGCUACUAGAGGAAUCAGCCAAGAAUGAAUCUCUGGCAGAGAGAGGAUGAUUUACAAACUGUCCCUGUAAGUGCCUUUAACGGAUUAAGGGGGAAGAUUUACAGUAUUAAAGCGUGGGGAGAGAGAAAGUACCAACCACUCAGUUUCUGCCAAGUUACAGGCUGUGGGGGUAAUUCAGACCUGAUCGCAGCAGCAAAAUUGUUCUCUAAUGGGCAAACCCAUGUGCACUGCAGGUGUGGCAGAUGUAACAUGUGCAGAGAGAGUUAGAUUUGGGUGGGGUGUGUUCAAACUGAAAUCUAAAUUGCAGUGUAACAAUACAGCAGCCAGUAUUUAUCCUGCACAGCAACAAUAUAACCCACCUUAAUCUAACUCUCUGCACAUGUUACAUCUGUGCCCCCGCCCGCAGUGCAGCAUGGUGUUGCCAGGUCUCUCUGCACAUGUUACAUCUGCCCCCCUGCAGUGCACAUGGUUUUGCCCAUUAGAGAACAAUUUUCCUGCUGCCAUCAGAUCUGAAUUAGGCCCCGUGUUUGAAAAAUGACAGGAGCUGGUCGGAUGUUACUUUAUCACUCCUCACAUUUUGAUAAAUCUCCCCCUCAAUCAUCUAGUUCCUUGAAAUCUGUCCCUAGCUCACUCUCUGUCUGUUCUGUUUGCCUUUUACUUUAUUACAGGCUUUAAAUGUACUACUAAGAAAAGCAAGUUAUUCCGCUAUCAGUCGCAGGCAGUUUUAUUCUGUGUUGAAUGUUAGUAGCGUGUAAAGCGUCCGUGUUGAGACUGUUACGGGAAGCCGGUUUUUGUCAUCUUCCUGGAGGUAGAACGUGGACAUGUUGUACUUACUGUAUAUUUAAAUAAAUUUAAUUGGGGUAUCUUU